ACAAGGGAAAGGAAAUGCUCUGACACAAUUGUCUGAUCAUCAAGGAAUCUUCGUUGAUACGUUUGGAACACUCUAUGUAGUAGACACGUGGAAUCAUCGUGUAAUGCGUUGGACUCAAGGAGACAAGAAACAAGGUACUGUAAUUUUGGGUGGAAAUGGUCAAGGAGGAGGAGCAAAUCAGUUCCAGUAUCCUAUUGGUUUGUCUUUCGAUCGACAUGGUAAUCUCUAUGUCGCCGAUGAGCUUAAUAAUCGUGUUCAACGAUUUUCUAUCGAAUAA